AUGGAUGUGGGCUACCUGGACUUUACUGAAGCCUUCGAUAAUUAUGACUAUGAUCAUGAAGAAAGCCGUGAGGAAAGUGAUGGGUCUUUGGAAGCCAUGAUCGAUACAAUAUUAGUACCCUCAAGAAGGUAUGCUAAUAAGAAUUUGAUAAAAAAGCAGAGCUCAUCGGUGCCAUCGUCGUCAGAAAAUGAAGACCUGUUAAUUAAAAAUAACUUGAAUACUUGUGUGGGAAAUGAAAAACCUGUGCCUCAAAAAAACUUAAAAAAUGGAAAGGAAGAAUUCCCUGCUUCAGAAAUGGAGGAGAAUGCAGGUGAAAAUGUUACCCAGACAAAGUCUCCUGCGAAAAAAGAUUACCUUCUUGAGAAAGCCAGAGAUGAACUGGCAGAAGAGAUUGCAAAGUCGGUGAUGUCUGAGUCACCUCACAGUGGUGAAGAAAAAGGAAUGACAUUAGAUGUGUUUUAUGAUCUCAUGAGCUCACUGUCUUAUUACCCAUUUAUAACGAAGAAUCAAAUACCCCGAACUCCAGAAAAUCUGCUUGCUGAAAUUAGACGUUCGUGGAGAAAAGCUAUUCAGACUGAGGGCUCAUUAUACCCAGAGCUGUCCUCAGCUGAAGUGGUGACGGAAGAAUCUUCAGUGAAUGCCAUACCCG